AUGUCAAACACAACACAGACACAGGGUAAGCCCGAAACCUCGGAGCAGCCCACACAACAACAAAAGCCCACCGUUCUGGAAGAAGACGACGAAUUCGAAGACUUCCCCGUCGAAGACUGGCCGCAGGAGGAAACCGAGCAGGCGAACAGCAACGACGCGCAUCUGUGGGAGGAGAGCUGGGAUGACGAUGACGCGGCGGAGGAUUUCUCGAAGCAGUUGAAAGAGGAGUUGAAGAAGGUCGAGGCGGCCCAUUGA